AUGGCGAAUGUCUGGCGCAUGAAACACUCGAGAGCACGAGUGAAAUCAGGACCGCAAUCGGAAAAACAUGCGAUUGCGUUGGACUCUGCCAUAUGGUUGAAGGUCUUGGAACACUUUGAAGUCUUGCCUGGCUUCGUCGAGUUGAUGCACGACAUUAGUGGCGGGACUUUACAAGCCCUGUCACAAGCCGAGACUCCAGGAAACGGCGGCGUCGACGCAACUGUGUUCCAUGUUGCGUAUAAGAUCGGUGGUUGGCUGGAUCAUGAAAACGCAGUGUACGCACGGCAUGAUUUCGUCACCGGAGAUACCUUUAUCCUGGUAGUCGGCUUGGUUACGAAUUGCCUGGAGAAAAUGCAGUCGCUGUAUGAGAGGAAACCGAAGGCCACCAUCUUCGAUGCUUUGUAUGAGCUAAUAUCAACCGAAUCUCGAGAGCAAGACUGGUCUCAGUGGUCUCCGAGUGCCUGGCGUCGAGCCUUGCCUCCUCGAGAGUUGGCGUUCUUCAACAAAGACGGCUACGUGGUGCUCGAUGGAUUGCGCGACGUCUCCUGGAGGUCGACCUUGAUCGGAGCUACCAUCCGUGCGAUGAUUGCGCACUUGGAUCGAUACGAUGACUUGUGUGCUGCGCUGCGUAAGCGAUCGAACCCGGACCAACCGACUAAAUGCCUAGACGCUGUGCGAGACGCAUAUGUGUAUAGGAUCGAGGUCGCCCAGAGCCAGCAUAACCAGAUCCAGCAUCUCCGCGAGCGGGUCAGGAUACAGCUCGAUGCGACCCGCUCGUUGAUCCUGCCGCGGCUCAACAGUGAGAUUGCGAGUGCGAUGAAGAAGGAUAGCGAGCUCAUGCGUGGCAUCGCAGCCGUGACGAUGAUAUUUCUGCCUGCCACUUUCGUUGCAACCUUUUUCAGCAUGGUGUUUCUCCACGUGGGAGAUGAACGCUCCGUGUAG